CUCGGCGUCUGCGUUUCUCGGACUCCGGCGUGAACGAUUUAUCAACAUGCUCCGCCGCCAGACGCGCGAACGGCGCGAGUACAUCUACAAGAAAUCGCAAGAGUCGCAAGAACGCGCGAUCUACGACCGCAAGCAACGCAUCAAAGAUCUCCUCGCGCAGGGCAAGCCUCUGCCCACGGAACUACGCAAUGAGGCCAGGAUAAUGGGCGGAAAGGAUCUGGUGCUGGACGAGGCGCAGGCGGCGCCGAAGAGCCAUGUGGACGACGAGUAUGCGAAAGUAGGGACGUACGAUCCGAAGAUCGUCAUCACCACGUCGAGGUCGCCUUCGUCCAGGCUGCUGCAGUUUGCCAAGGAACUCCGCCUCGUCUUCCCCAAUUCCCACCGACUCAACCGGGGCAACACGGUCAUCCGCGACCUCGUCCCCGCAUGCCACGCCCAGGGUAUCACCGACCUCGUGAUAAUCCACGAACACCGCGGUGUUCCCGACGCGCUCAUCGUCUCGCACCUCCCGCACGGUCCUACACUGUCCAUGACACUGCACAACGUCGUGCUGCGUCACGACGUCAGUUCCAACGCCAGCUCGACGGUGUCCGAGCAGUACCCCCAUCUGAUUUUUGAGGGGUUUUCGACCCGCCUGGGCGAGAGGGUCAAGGGGAUCCUCCAGGCGCUGUUCCCCGUGCCGAAGGACGACGCGAAGAGGAUCAUGACGUUUGCUAAUGAGAGCGACUUCAUCUCGUUUCGCCACCACGUCUUUGCGAAAUCAUCCCACAAAGACGUCCAGCUCGCAGAAGUCGGCCCCCGAUUCGAAGCCAAGCCCUACGAGAUCCGACAAGGCACAAUCGACCAAGUCGAAGCGGACGUCGAGUGGCUCCUGCGGCCGUACAUGCGCACAGCAAAGAAGCGCACGCAGAUG